CAAAACACAGUCAUGGCGGCCUCCGUUGCAGUUCGCUCCAGCAUGGGGCUGACUUUGAGACUUUCGCGAGUUAUACCAGACUGUAUCACAUGCCACCUGUCCAGGUUAAAGACCUGUAUGUCUUAUUUACAGAGGAGAGACUCCGCGGAUAGUUUCCGCACCACCAAUCGAUACUUACAGACGAGUAUAGGUUUGUACCACAACGAGGAGAACAGUUCCGAUGAAGACAACUCAGAAGACGUGGUUAAUGUGGUGUAUGUAGACCGAUCGGGCCAGAGGAUUCCAAUUAAAGCCAAAGUGGGAGACAAUGUUUUAUAUUUGGCUCACAAGAAUGGAAUAGAACUUGAAGGGGCGUGUGAGGCAUCGCUUGCCUGUUCAACAUGCCAUGUAUAUAUAAGCGCCGACCAUCUUGAUACACUGCCCGAGCCCCUCGAGAGGGAGGAUGACAUGCUGGACAUGGCGCCCAUGCUCCAGGAGAACUCCCGACUGGGAUGUCAGCUCAUUCUCACUCCAGAGCAGGAGGGCAUGGAGAUAACUUUACCCAAAGUUACUAGGAACUUCUAUGUGGAUGGCCAUGUUCCCAAACCUCACUGAGAAGACGAAGAAAAGGCGAAAUUGCUACAAACUCGAUGCCGUUGCACAAGCAAGGAAAUGCAUGGCUUGUGGGAAGUCCAUAGAAACUCUAAAAGUUCUGUUUACUGAGGUGGACUCGCCAAGAACAGAAUGAAGUCAAUGGUUACAUCUAUUUCUUAUGUGGAAGGUCCUCUGGCCGGCUCAGUCACACAAGGUUCUUUCUUAAAAUAAGAUUUCUGAGAUUUUGGUCAACGUUCAGCGACAUCGCCCUCUGCUGGAUUAAUAGCAACACACAUUUCCCCCUUACUGAUCAAAACACUUUCACCGUGAAAAAAAAUCUUAUUCACAAUUUAAAGCAGCAGAACAAUUCCAAAUAUGUAUGGGAGCGAAUGCCAUACCGUGACUAGGUGGGGAUCCACUGUGUUAUGAGAAAAAAAAUCUAUAUUAGGAGAACAAAGGCGUAACUUUAGUGAGCAAAUGUCCAAAUACCUACAUGCAUGCUAAAGCAUCAGAUGCUGUCCUCUAGAGCAGCGGUUCUUUGCAGUCAUGGAUUCCUUUUAAUAAUACAAUGAAAGCGAUGGACACCCUUCCAUUUGUCAGUGUGGCCCUAUAAUACUCAUUUUGUGUGCUGAAUGGAACAUUCCAUGUUACAGCUCAUAUACGCACAAAUAUUGCCAGAGAAUGCUCUUUGUCAUGUCACUGCCACCAUCUUUAUCAUCAUAUUUCACUUGUCAAAUAUUACCUAAUUUUGUGUGUUUCUUUUGUAUUUGUAUAGGGUUUGUGGCUGCUUUCAAUGGAGUCCAACUUUGGCAACACUAUAAACAUUUCAAAACACAUCCAAGUUGGAAGUGUAACGUCAAAUAUUUCUGAGCAGUUGGUUCAAACACAGUUGGUCCUCGGGUUGCAACGAAGCUUGUCUGAAGCCAUACCUAACACUUAAAUCCCUCGGCUGCUUUAAAAUACUGUAGUAAUUUAGCAGUUAGGUAUAUCGUUAAGGAGUUGUGUGAGUUCUGACACUCUGUGGAGUCGUGAACGUAGCAUUAGUUCUGUACUGUGUGCGCGCGAGCGUGUGUUUGUGCCAUGGAUUAUUGACAGACCGCCUCCUCAUCGUCUUUACAAUGGCCGGGUAGACGUAACAAUACCAUUUUAAUGCCUAACGAUGGUCGCGACAGUCGAGCGAUUGUAGCUAGUUACCGAAUAGUCUGAAUUAAUCACAUUCGUAUACCACAAAACAUCGGAACACCGAACGCUGUAAACUGAGGACCGCCUGUACUGUGAUUCAAACCAGCUCCAUAUUAGCAUCGCCACUUCAAACCCAUUUAAUUGUUAAUUCCAAUGUACCUGUUAAAUUUAUGCACACAUGUAUAUCACUUCAAUAUGUCACAUUGUGUCCUUAAAAUAACUAUUUAAAAUUGUCCAAUAAAGUACAUU